AUGGACAAGGUUGCAUUGGCUAUCAUAGCAAUUACGAGCAUAGUUAAUGGCUUUGCGAUAAAAAGCCACAGCUAUGAUCGAGCAGUUACCGAGCCGAAAUCCCCCCUUUCAACUCGAAACAUCAAGGAUGCUGCGGAUUUCGGAUGGGUGAAAAGAUGGGCGGCUAUCGGUGACAGCUUCACCGCAGGCAUUGGCGCAGGAAGGCCAUACUCGCAAAGCAAGAGUGAUCGGAGUUGUUCUCGAUAUGACCUCGCAUACCCUGCAGUCCUCAACAGGCUCUUCGGGUCUGUAGUUCAGGACUUUCAAUACAUUGCAUGUAGUGGCGAUCGAUCGGUUCAGAUAUACGAGCAAGCAAAAGCGCUGAAGGGGGACUUAAACUUGGUAGUCCUAACAGCUGGAGGAAAUGACCUGUGUCUGUCAAAAAUCAUCACUACCUGCAUAUUUCUGCCGACCUAUUCAGAGGAAUCGUGCCAGGCAGUUCUCGAUAAGGCACAAACCAACAUUGACACGAUCCUAAAGCCAAAUCUGAAAAGCAUCCUUAAGGCGUUGAAUGAUAAAAUGAAAAAGGAUGGAAUCGUCGUUUUUAACAAAUAUGCCCAGUUUUUUAACACUGAAGAUGAAGGGUGCACAAAGGACCAAUCUUGGUCAUUUCCACAAAUACCAUCGGCAUUUUGGCUUCCUGGGUUGUUUCUUAAGCCUUUACCCCUGACCAUCGAAAGGCGGAAGAAAUUCAAUACUCUGGUGCAGCAUAUCAACAAGGCAACCGAAGAGGUUGUUGAAGAGAUAUCGAAAGACUCAGGAAUUGGCUAUUCCAUCGCAACGUCAGACUGGGACCCGUGGCCAAUAAGAGUUUCUGGACAAUUCUGCCAGCCGGGUUCCAUGGGGUAUUAUCCUGACCCAAAAACAAAGGAGCUUCAAUUUUUCAAACCUGACACACAUAAACGAUCAUUUCUCGAAUGUCUCAUAACCAAGCGUGAGGAACCUGACGCAAAUGAGAUUGAGAGACGGCGAAAGUUAGAAUUGGAAAGUAUAUAUAACUCCCUGUUAUACAAAUCAGCCGAUCCGCGAAACGAGGUAUUGCAUAAACUUGGGGCAAGGGCUCCUGACCCCCCAGGCUGCCCGGGCGACGGCAGCUUUGACUGGACGUUUGGAUUUGGAUUGCCCGAUCGGUGGGGAAGAUUCUUCCACCCAAAUGAAAAAGGUCAUGAGACGAUUAGUGCGUUCACGCUUGAGACGAUAGUAUACCUGCGGUCAAAACAGCUCGGGUUGCUGCAGGACUUUUGCUCUGCCAAAUCCGAGUUUAAGUGCUGGCAGAAGGAGGGUCGUAAAGCUUAUGCGAACCCAGAUAGAAUGAAUGAAAAUUACAAAACAUUCUGCAAUGGCAUAAAGGCACCCGACAAUACCAUCAACUGGAGAAAGUCUCAGACUUUUCAUGAGGGCACUCCGGACGAGCAUACAUUUGAGCUAAGGUUGUCGAAUGGCGCUCAGAAAUACGUUAAAGAAGACUGUUUGUUUUCAUUCAACCGGAUUAUCAACGGGUGUGAUGGUAACGAUGCCAACAACCCGAUGAACUGGAAAUUCGGAGGCAGAUGGGUAAGGGGAGGAUAUACCUAUGAGAUCAAUGUCAAGCGAGAAAACAGACCAUGGCCACCGAUCAAAAAACCGCACGGAAGCUGUGAGGGGUGGUAUAAAGCCGUUUACUCCGACUAUAAACUUCAUGGUGCCGGCUGGUCUACAUACGACUCUGGGCGGCAGACUAUCCUGCCAAGCAUAAAAGGUUGCCUUGGGCUCGGAGUUACUGCCUUCAAGUUCAAGUACUUUGACGAGCCGGACAAGGAUGGAAUGGAAUGGGAGUUGAAGUUCCACACGCCUAUAUGGGUUCGAGCAAGGUGCUUUGAUAACAACAAGGUAGCGUUUUCUUCUGGAGGUUUCACUAAUGGAUGCGUGGGCAACGAUUAG